AGCUCACGAACCGUCUGACCUCCGGCCGUCUCUGGGUGGGUACUCGCAGCACCAACCGGACGACGGCAGAGGUAAAACAUCCAGAGGUGAAGCUCGGCGGAGCGCCCAUGUCGCUGUCAGCUGACCUGAGCUGCCUGCAGGGCAGCAGAGGCGCCGAGCGCGAGGUGGCGCUGACCACGCUGGAGAAACAGCUGAUCUGCCCCAUCUGCCUGGAGAUCUUCAACAAACCCGUCGUCAUCCUGCCGUGCGAGCACAACCUGUGCAGGAAGUGUGCCAACGAGCUCUACCAGCCGUCUCUGUUCCACGCUCGGACCACCAUGUCGGUGAACAGCGGGCGUUUCCGCUGUCCGUCCUGCAGACAAGAAGUGCUGCUGGACCGCCACGGCGUCUACGGCCUUCAGCGAAACCUGCUGGUGGAGAACAUCAUCGACAUCUACAAAGAGGAAAUCAACAGCACCAGGCCCCUCCCUCCGCCUUCACCUCCUGCUCAUUCAACAUGCUCCGACCACGAGGGAGAAAAGGUGAACAUCUACUGCCUCACCUGUCAGGUUCCCACCUGCUCGCUCUGCAAAGUCUUCGGGGCCCAUCAGUCCUGCGAGGUGGCUCCUCUGAGCGCCAUCUACCAGCAGCAGAAGGACCAGCUGCGCGAAGGCGUCGCCUCUCUGAGGGCGUUCAGCGACAAAGUCCAGACUGUGAUCAAUGAGCUGGAGGAGACCUGCAGACACAUAGAGGAGAACUGCAGCAUUCAGAAACAGAGCGUGUGCGAGAAGUUCAACCGCAUGUUCUCCAUCCUGGAGGAAAGACAGAAGGCGAUGGCGCAGCGAAUCAGCUCUGAGCAAGAGGAGAAGACGGGCCACGCGCGGGCGCUGGUGCGUUGCCAUGAUGACAGCAUGGCAGCCAACAGCAGGCUGGCGGAGAGCGCCGCGAGCAGCAUGGAAGAGCCCAACAUGGCCGCCUUUGUUCAGAGUUCAGCAGAGAUGAUCACAAAGGUGAAGGCGGCGAGUGCCUCGGGUCCGUCCGAGACGCUGAGACCAAGUUACGAGCGCCUGAGUCGUUACAGGGUUAACUUCAGCGAGCAGGAGAGGGCGCUGAAGAGCAUCGACUUCAUCAAAGCAUCAUGGUUUUGUGAUAUCUCUCCAGUCGUGAAGGAUGUUCCUGAAGAACCAGAGCCAAAAGAACCCAAAGAUUCUUUGAUCCAGAACACAGAACCAAACGGCAACCAGCAGGCCGCAGAGGAGGUUUCAGAGCAGGAGACUCCUGAGCUGGACUCGGGUCAUAUCACGGAGGGAGAGGAGGAAGCCGCCGCCGAGCUAGCUAAAGAGGGCGGCGAACGGCAGGAGGGAAUGAGCACACAGCAGGCUGUCACACUGUUCUUCUACCUGCUCGCCCUCCUGGUCAUCCUGCAGAGGGCGUGGGCUUACGUCGGCUGCUUUAUUUGCACAUAAACGCCACACGGAGCCGCACGAACAUCACUGCCGCACAGCUCAGGAUUCAGGAGACUCGUACUGCUCACGCUCACCUCCACCUGCUGUCCCUCCAGGAGGGAGACCCACGGCCCCCGCAUCGCUGCCUCCACCUCCUCCACUUCCUCCUCAUCUGCCCAGUUUUUCUCCUGGCUGAGCCCCACCCACAACAAGAGUUAGGCGGUGGGUGGAUGGUUGGGGGGGAUUCCUCUGAGAGAUGUUUGGUUGUUUGGGCUCUUAUUUUGAAAUUGUGCCUGAGAAAUUACAUUUUUGGGCUCGUUUUUGUAGAAAGUGUGACAGACGAUCGCUGACCUGACAGGAAGUGAAAGCAGAGAAAUAACGAGGUUCACAGGCCGAGGAGGCGUGAUACAUUUAUGUGCGUGUGUCGUGAUGAUGAUGAUGAUGAUGAUGCUUCUCACAUAUUCAUUGUUGAUUUUUAAAUAAUAAUUUUUCUGAUGCUGAUUUUGUUUCAUGACUGACUCAUUCAGUCUUUGGACACUUUGAGUUUCUGCGUGUUUUGUCAGUGAUGCCUGAGAUUAGGGACAAAACAGGUUUUAAUUUUCUAAAAAAUAUUUUUGAUUUUUCAAAAUCAUAUUUACAUAUAAUUGUUACACUAUAAGUUUUGGCCGUCUCACCAUGUUUUGGUCUCCCAGGUGUAACAUUUUUUAAUAAUUUAUGUUUUUGCUGGAGAAGUGCAACGUUUUUGUCAACACCAUCAGACACAAAGAAAUGCAAAAUAUAUAUUUUAAAUAAAGUGUUUCAGCUAGUUUGACUUUUAGCAGCUUCUCUGUUCUACUGUUUAUGCUUUCAAACUAAUUAUACCACAUUUAAAAGUAAGAUUGUUUGGCUUUUUGUUAUUAGAGUUACAGUCGUACAUAUUUUCAGAAGCUUGUAUUUAAUCUCCAUAAGAAACAAUCAUAUUUAGCAGCAUGAAAAUUACACAUUUAUUGAGAAAAUUAACUUUUUUUAUUGGAAUAUCAUGAGGGAGCAAAACAUAUGGUUCUUCAAAAGGGAAAAAUAAACAAAAACCCAGAAUUUUGGAGUUGAUAAGGUGUUGACGGUGGAAGCGUUGGGAAGGUUACUUUUCAAAUGUAUUCCACUACAGAUUACAGAUUACAUGCCCUGUGGCUGUGACGCAGUUUUAUCACAAAGUUGUGCCAUAAAUGAAAUUAAAACAAAAAAACUCACCAUGGCAUGUGUAUCGAACAGGAAGUGGUAAAGGGGUCCUCAGAGUGUAAGCUGCCCACAAUCAUUCCUGAUUUUUUUGUACUUUUUAAAAAAUCUGAUGGUGUUGACAAAAACUCUGGACACGAUUUUAAUCACUUAAAAUAUGCAAAAAUAAAUUUCAGGUGUACAUUUUGAUAUUAAAUAAGGUAUUGACUUAAAUACUUAGUGACUUGAUGUUUAAUUUUACAUUACUGUUCAUUUUUCUCUCUGUUUUAAUAUCAUCACACCUGCUUGUGGACAGUGGAUUUUUAGGGUACUGGUAAUGUAUUGUACCAUUUAAAGUAAAUAUAUAUGCAUAACAAAACACAAAAUCAUACUUUUGUUGUGUAAACAUUGCCUUGGUUUGUCUCUUAGUCAGCUGGGUUAACACUUGUGUGCAUAUUUUUAACCCCAAAAUCGGGUUUUAUCGGCGGACGUGUUUUGUCCCUUAUCUCAAGAAUCACUGAAAUCCACGGACGUGGUGUUUGCGCGUGUGUCAUGAGGGCGUCUCGCAGGUUUAAAAAUCACAUCGGUCAGAUUUCUGAGGCUGGAGACGCUGUGCGUGCUGCGAAGAGCUGUUCUGCAUUUCCAUUCACAGAUAAACACAAAGUGUCAAACCAAAGUAUUUCAGCAGCAUUUUGCAGCUGUGCUGAGGAGAAACCACUUCCUGUUUGGAUGACUGCCCUUUAAAAAUAAAAGCACACCUGCCUUAAAGCGCCAAUCAGAGCUCAGCAGACCUGUCACACUCUCUGACGGUGUGUUUUUAGGUUUACACACAAACACGUCAAUGUGACGUUUUUGUGUUUCUGCUGCUGUAAAAUGUGUCGUCAUGAUUUAAAAACACGUUGGUCUAAAGUAAAUCUGUCACCUGUGCUCCUGGAGUCCACGCAGAGGCCCACUCACAGCCAGGUUUCUGCCACAGCUAACAGUAAUGCUAAUUAUUAAAACAUUGUUUUCUGUGUGUUAUAGUAGGUCUUACAAUAUAAAAGCACCUGAGGCAUCUGUUGUUGUGAUUUGUUGUUUCUGUAACAGGUAACCCACGAGCACGCACAAGCUCUGAAAAAUAUUAAAGUUCAUCAAUAUUAUUUUUGAUUAAGGUGCUAAAUUACAUUUAUUUACACAAAUAUGCAUUUGAGAGGUUGAAUGUAGUGACUGCUCUCAGACGUGCGAGGUGCUCGCUCAUGUUUGUGACUAAAGUCAGUAGUUCAGUUUGAAAUUCAUCGCUCCUGUUUAAAGAGGCACGACUCACUAUAUUAAAUAUAUAUGAAAUUAAAA